ACAAUAUUUGUGAAAUAAGAUUGCAAGUAAAUAAUUGUAAGGUAAUUGUCAAGAAUUUUACUUCGUAUUUUCAAAGUGAACUUCGUAGGAAAUAGUGCCAGUGGAAUACGUUUAUUACAUUCAAGUGUGUUGGAAUCAAAGAUGGUACUUUGUAAGUGGCGUAUUGUAAUAAAACGACGCCGGUCUUUGUAGAUAGCUUGAUUUGAAUUAUCGUGAAUAUUGCAUAUUCUUCCUAAUGCACAGAAACACUGAAAGUUGGAUUAUUACGGCGAAUAGUGCCCUGCACCACACAUGAAAAUACCCACCAUGGCAUGGAAACAUCGAAGACGAAUAUCAUCUUAUUAUCUGCAUGGAUUGGUCCUGUUGCAAACGUUGUGCUGCUCCAUUCACUGUCGGGACUUAAAGCUAGGUGGGUUGUUCGGGGAUGACGAGCCAGAGAACGUAGUAAACGCCUUCAAGUACGCCGUGUAUCGUGUAAGCCACGAACUGGACCUUCCACGUAACGUCGAACUGGUCUACGACAUUCAGCGUAUACCGAUCGCAAACAGAUUUGAAGCUUCCAAGAAAGUCUGUGAACAACUCGCCCAGUCUACCAUGUGUACGUUCGGGCCGGUUCACCCGGAUGUGGCGGCAUUUGCCGGUUCGGCCUGCUCAAACCUCCACGUCCCCCAUAUCGAAACCCGCGUAGACUCAAACGCCAUCCCGCCAUCCUCUUUUUCCAUCAAUUUACAUCCGGAAUCUCAACACCUCGCCAAAGCAGUGUUAGAUGUCGUCCUGAAAUUCGGCUGGACCGAAAUGCUCAUUAUAUAUAACAAUCAUAUUGGUCUGUUGAAGGUACAAUCAUUACUUCGCUCGAGCAAUGCGACUGCUGGCAUGUCCGUCAUUGUCCGGCAAGCGGACCAAAUUAAUAUGAGGGCGAUCCUUAAGGAGGCCAAAAUGAAACACUGGCGUCAUAUCAUUGUUGAACUCGACAUACCAGAGACGGCCCUGUUUUUGAAAAUGGCACUUCAAGAAGGCAUGAUUGAUUCAUAUCAUCACAUUGUCAUAAACAAUUUGGACAUUGAGUUAUUAGACUUGGAGGAUUACAGACACAAUUUCGUGAAUCUUACCGGUUUUAGACUACUUCAUAUGGCUGAAAGUUUUACCAAAAAUAUUUUGUUUGAUAUGGAACUCUUCCAAGAGAACACCCUACUUCCCAUUUUAAAUGGCACAUCAUUACCAUACCAAUGUGCAUUAAUAUUUGACGCCGUGUAUUUACUUACGCACGCCCUGAUGGAAAUGGAACGCUUCCAAUUUGUGACGUCACCAAAUACCACAUGUGACGACAUUAAUCCAUGGACGGAAGGAAGACAACUAUACAACUAUUUAAAUAAUAUUCACAUCAAUGGGUUAACUGGACCAAUUCGUUUAAGCCGCGGAAGGCGACUGAACUUUCAGCUUGAUAUACUGGAGCUUGGAGAGGAAGGCCUGAGGAGGACUGGAUCCUGGGCCCCCGGAUACGGCGUGAACAUAACCCAGAGCAGAUUUUUGGCACAGGGGGUGUUCGGCAACAAAACUCUUCUGGUCUCUACUCUCCUGGACCCGCCUUACGCCAUGCUUCGGACAGAGAUGGUUAAAGGGAAGCCGUUGAAGGGUAAUGACCGUUACGAGGGUUUCUGCGUCGAUCUACUGGCCGAGAUUGCCCGUAUUGUUGGAUUUGAAUACACCAUCGUUCCAGUUCCGGAUGGGAGAUUUGGGGUCCUUCAGGACGGAAAGUGGGACGGGAUAGUGAGAGAGCUCAUAGAUAGGAAGGUCGACCUAGCAGUUGCAGCACUGACAAUAAAUUACGAAAGGGAACAAUACAUUGACUUCACAAAACCAUUCCUAAAUUUAGGCAUCAGCAUUCUUUUUAAUAUGCCCAGACGCGAAAAACCGGGACUUUUCUCAUUUAUGAACCCUCUAGCAGUAGAAAUAUGGGUGUAUAUAGUAGCUGCAUAUUUUAUUGUGAGUAUGACGAUAUUUAUUCUUGCACGGUUUAGUCCUUAUGAAUGGUACAAUCCCCAUCCUUGCAACCCAGAGACCGACACAGUGGAGAACUCCUUCACACUCUCGAACAGUUUUUGGUUCUGUGUCGGGACACUGAUGCAACAGGGCUCAGACAUCAACCCGAGGGCUGUUUCUACAAGGAUCGUGGGCAGCACGUGGUGGCUCUUUACCCUCAUCAUCAUAUCAUCGUACACUGCCAAUCUGGCGGCUUUCCUUACAGUGGAGAGAAUGGUUUCGCCCAUAGAGAGUGCAGAGGACCUUGCAAAGCAAACAGAUAUAUCUUACGGCACAUUGUCAGGGGGAUCAACCAUGUCCUUCUUCAGAGAUUCCAGUAUAGAGACAUAUCAGCGCAUGUGGAAUUUUAUGGAGAGCAAGGAUCCGAGCGUAUUCGCCAAGAGCAACCAGGAUGGUAUUGACCGCGUAGAGGCCGGUGGAUACGCCUUCCUCAUGGAGUCAACGUCGAUAGAGUAUAUAACGCAGAGGAAUUGCAACCUUAUGCAGGUCGGCGGUCUCCUGGACUCCAAGGGGUAUGGGAUUGCAACACCCAUGGAUUCGCCUCUUAAAGACAAGCUCUCAAUGGCAAUACUAAAUCUGCAAGAAGAAGGGAAAGUUCAAAUGCUUUAUAACAAGUGGUGGAAGGGUUCGAGUUCGUGUGUGCGAGAUGAUAAACAGGACACGAAAGCAAGUGCUCUUGGAGUGGACAAUGUUGGAGGAAUAUUUGUAUUCUUGGUCGGAGGCUUAUCACUUGCAGUUAUAAUAGCAUUUGCUGAAUUUGUUUGGAAUUCGAAGACAAAUGCAAGAGAAGAUAAGCAGUCGUUGUGUUCAGAAAUGGCUGAGGAGCUCCGCUUUGCCGUUAAGUGCCACGGAUCUUCACAAAAACCGAAACACCGGAAAAGGGUGUGUGUUAACUGUAAAUCUGUCAAGCAUAAACCUGACUGUCCACACACAGUGAUUCGUGCCGAGUCUGGAAACGGUACAGUGCACAUGCGUGAUAGAAGACACUCACGUGACUAUUUGCAGCGUACUACGGGUGAUUUUGAAAUGGAUUAUAUCCACGACAAAUGUGAUUUCGGGGCUGGGGGAUAUCUUCAUGUCGAAUAUAGCGACACCGACAGCUGAUUGUGAUAAAAUUUAAUUAUUAAAUACAUUUUUAGUUUCUUUGUUAGCAUUUUGUUGUUGUUUAAAUAAUUAUGUUUAUUGUAUUCCAUUUUAGUUUGGAUUGUUUGUGAUUAAGGUAUAAUACGUGGUACUAUCUGGGACCUGUACGUUUUUCAUUGAAAAUGUCUUCUGAAUAAAUGCAAUCCGUUUAUAAACCGAAGAUGCUAUGUAAACAGUCGAAUCCCGUUGGCUCGAAGUCCCAGGGACCGGCGAAAAUACACCAAGCAUCGAAAAAUUUGAGCCAAUCGGGAAUGCCUACCUUCAGUAUAAAAAAUCACAUACCAAGCGAGUUCGAGCCAACGGGGUUCGACUGUGUAUGCAUUUUCAUAUUAUUUUUUUUCGAAAUACCGUUAGUACAAUAAAAGAAACAAAAAGUGCAACAUUGAAUUGUUCGUCAUGUAAGCAUUACAUAUCUAUUUUGAAAAUUGUUCACCUCCAUCAUCACACUUGAAACAUUCCACAUCUUAGAUUAUUACUACUUUGAACUAUUUUUUAUUUAAAGCAAUAAAUAAUUGUGUAUGUGUAUUCAUUUUACCUCACAUAUUUUAAAGUUCUGUCAAUCAAAGGAAGUGUUUCAUUUCGUGUAAUCUAUGUUUCACAAACCGUAGAACCAAUGAGAUUUCCUAUUCAAUAUUUAAUAUAAAACAUGAAUUAAUGUCAAUCAAAUUCCUUGAUAUAUAUUGAACGCGUUAAUGAAUGUAAAACAAAACGAAAUGAAAAGGCGUUUAAAGUGAUAAUAUUUACAGAAUUAAGUUUUACAUUGAUUAUUAAUUAUCCCUAAGUGAUAAGCAAUUUAACUUUCUAUUUACUAAUACUACAAUAUUAACUGAAGGGGCAAGCCCUGUAGCUGUAAAUAGGUAAGACCGAAUAAUCGCGUAAAUCAGAGACGCACAAUCUACAAAAAACACAAACAGAGGAGAUAUGGAUACAAAUAUGUUUUAUCUUAGUUUGGAUUAACUCCUUCACCGCAAUGUUCAUGCAAAUGGAAACAGCAAAUAGCCCAUACUAUAAACAUUCAAUGUGUAAAUAAGUGUGAAAGCAAAUUCGGACCUCGAAACUAAAAUUCUGAUUAGUUACCUUAAAUCUAAGUCAAUGUUAGGGUCGAAUCCAAAAUGCAGGGAAGGUCAGUAUCCCAAAAAACAUGGUUGUGAAACAUAUUGGGUAGUCAUGACGAGAUGUGUUUAUUCAAGUGACAAUGUUGCUGUAGAAUUAAAUGUUUCCCAGCUAGUGAAACACAUUCAUUUCCAAAAUUGGACAAAAAGUUAAGCAAACAUUGCGGUUCCAGUUAGAUAAUGUUUAUAUCAUGUAUAUCAUAGUUAGUUCAGUAGCUAUACUGCCGAUUUGUCAACCAUUAGAUCAAUAUUUACUUAAAUAAACAUGUUAUGAAUAAUAAAUUUGUUCUUGUUUUUUUUUAAAUGAUUGUAUAUCAAUUCAAAUAUGAUACAAACUAAUGUUAACAGGGAAGUUUAAAAAAUGUUGGUGAAACCAAUUUUAAUUGCUUAGAAAUGAACUGCUACCGUAGAAACAGACUUUCAUUUAUGUUCAUCUAGAACCGGAAUGGCUUCAUUAUAUGGAGAAAUUGCAGUUGACUAUUGUCCUCUCCCUUUCAAUGAUUUUUCAUUUUAAAGCAUGCUAGAACUUUACCUUGUGCCUCUUAACAGACAAUUCGUUGAAACCGGGCUUGUCCCUAUAACUUUCAUUGUUAUAUCGCAUUAAUAUCAAUGGACUUCUCACAAGAACAAACACUAUCCGAAAUGUUAUAGUUCUACACUAUGUGAAACAAGCGAUGUGUUAAAUUGCAAACUUGGAAAAAUUUGAGAUUACAAUGGAAUAUCAUUCGUACAUUACACAUGAAUGAACGCUCAUGCUGAUAUGAAUACAUACUUGUAUAUAACACAUUAUUUUAGAUCUCAAUGUUUGCUGUUGUAACCAUCCAUUUAUAACUGUGUAAAUUUAUAUUCUCUGUUGCAGUAACUCACACCUUAUCUUACUAACGUGAUUCCAUCAAAGUAUUCAUCUUAAUUUACACUAAAAGACAAAAACAACUUUUAAAUAAGCAAAGCAAUCAGAAAGACUUACCUUUGCAACAUAGUAUAUCAGUCAACGAACGAUCGCGUUUCAAUUCAAUAUUCAUUAUUUCGAAGAACUUUGUAUAUAUUUUCUACUGAUAUGUUACGUAUUCAGUUUUACUUAAGAAUACCAUAAAUUAUGUAAUAAUAUUGUUGUACAUAAUAUUGAAUAUAAUGAAAAUGUUACGUUUAUGAAAUGUAAUGUGCGAGUGUUGUUAUGUUAAAUUUUUCUUUGUAUUAAUUUUU